AUGGUCAAAAAUCCUCGGAAACGUCAAAAGACAGGAAAAAUACAACAUAAACCAGUCCCACUAGGUGCUGGCCUGCGCAAUGACGCGAGUAAAGACGACGAGGAGAGGCGUCUCGAAAACUUGCUAUUCGGUGUCCCAUAUGCUCCUGAGAAGGCUGGCAAGGAAAUCAUGGUAAUAUCUGAUGAAGAAGCAGAGGAUGGCCAAUAUGAAGUAGGACGAGAGUUUGAAAAUUUGCUCGACUCGGAUCUUUUUUUCGUGGACGACAAUGCUGGACUAUCCGAGUUUAGCCAGGCUCCUCAAGACCAUGUACAGUCUGAUGUAGAAGAUAACGAAGAGCUCAUAAUACCGGAGGUCCCCGAAAGUGAUGAAGACGAAGAAAUUUCCAUUAUUCGCCAGGACAUCCCUCAGCAGCCCAAAAAAACCAAAGCACCUGCUUGGACAGACCCAGACGAUGUAAACGUUCAAGUCUCACUUGCAUCAAAUAACCGUCUUCGCAAACUGCGCGACGCACCCUCUGAUGACACAGUGGGAGGACGUGAAUACGAGCGCAGAUUACGCAGGCAAUUCGAACACAUAAACCCAACUCCAGACUGGGCAUCCAUCGCGCGCAAGAAAAGCGAACGUGCAAAGAGACGUCGAUCAUCGGCUUCUGGAUCUGAGAGUGGGGAGGAUGUUGUGCCGGAGCUGCUGGCAUCAACGGCUGGAAUUUUGGGGACUACUAAGUCAAGGAUUAUACCCCCGAGCACACUCUCCAUCGAGCGAUUGCGAGAUGCUAAUCAAGCUGCGCCAGCGGAUGGCGAAAUAAAAACAGUUGCAUUUCAUCCUUCGCCUCACGUUCCCGUCCUUUUGACUGCAAGUGCAGACCGUCGCCUGAGGCUUUUCCACAUUGACGGUCUCACGAAUCCUCAUGCCCAAACUCUUCACGUCCCAUCACUUCCUAUCACCAAUGCUGUUUUCCACCCCAGCGGCACGUCUAUAUUGAUGACUGGUCCACGACCUUUCUAUUACACGUACGACCUUCAGUCUGGAGCCUCCCACCGCUCCCCUCGAGGCCUAUGGGGCACCACAUUCUCUUCGGGUCGUGGAGACCAAGGCGCGAGCAUGGAGAUUUCUUCCUUCAACCCGACAGGGGAAAUUCUCGCUGUUGCAGGACGGCGAGGUCAUAUUCAUCUUGUCGAUUGGCGAUCAGGUGCAGCGCAAGUCAUGGGCGAACUCAAAGCAAACUCGAACGUGAAGUCUUUGUGGUGGUCGAAGGCCGGAGCAGGCGAGCUUCUGGGCUUGACAGAAGAUUCACAGGUUUAUGUUUGGAAUGUUGGGCAGCGCAAAUGCGUAAAACGAUGGCAGGAUGAGGGCGGGUUCGGCAGUCGAUUAUUUGGUGGAGAUGGCCAAGGAAAAUAUCUGACUGUUGGUUCAAACACAGGUUUGGUCAAUGUCUACAAUGCAGAGAGUACGGUCGAUCUUGAGGGAGGCAAACCAAAAACUUUAAAGACGAUUGGGAACCUGACAACAAGUAUCUCAACGUUGCGGUUCAAUCAUGACUCUCAGUUACUUGCUAUUGCAAGUAACGAUAAAAAAGAUCAGAUGCGGAUGGUUCACUGCCCGUCAUUGACAGCAUUUGGGAACUGGCCCACGUCAAGUACCCCUCUUGGACAUGUAACCUCCGUCGAUUUCUCCCGUGAGAGCGAGUACCUGGCUAUCGGCAACACUCGCGGUCGCGUACUACUCUAUCAACUGCGUCAUUUCUCACAGCAAUAA